CAGGCAAAGAUGGCGGUCUCCACAGGAGUUAAGGUUCCUCGUAAUUUUCGCUUGUUGGAAGAACUUGAAGAAGGACAAAAAGGAGUAGGCGAUGGUACAGUUAGCUGGGGCCUUGAAGACGAUGAAGAUAUGGCACUUACAAGGUGGACAGGCAUGAUUAUUGGGCCACCAAGGACAAAUUAUGAAAACAGAAUAAAAAUGAAAGUAGAAUGUGGACCUAAAUACCCAGAAGCUCCUCCAUCAGUUAGAUUUGUAACCAAAAUUAAUAUGAAUGGAAUAAAUCAUUCCAGUGGAAUGGUCGAUCCACGAAGCAUACCAGUGUUAGCAAAAUGGCAAAAUUCAUAUAGCAUUAAAGUUGUACUUCAAGAGCUAAGACGUCUAAUGAUGUCCAAAGAAAAUAUGAAGCUUCCACAGCCACCAGAAGGACAAACAUACAAUAAUUAAUUUUAAUGAAUCUCAAACUUGUCUUAAAUCAACAACCUUCUACUCAUGUUAAUGUCUCGAUUAAAUAUCACAAUGCAAAAUACCUACAUAUUAAGUAAAAGAAUUCCAGCUGGCAAAACAUGACCUGGACAUUUAUAAGGAUAUA